AUGCUCUUCUCCACUCCCAAAUUCCUUCUCGCGCUGUUUGCUACGACUGCUGCUACCAGUGCCAGCGUGAUCGAACCUCGAGCUGAGACCCAUAACGUCAAGCUUGUCAACAGGUGCGGCUCUGGUACACCCGUCUUCCUCUACCAAGGCCACGGCCAACGCGGCGGCGGCACCAUCAACGGCGCUUUGCAAGGCGGUAUCGCCUGGCUCGACGGGUACAAGAACUGUCAGAGCUCUGGCGUCAAUUGCGGGGUGGUAGAGUUUACGUUGAUCAAUAAGAACCACAAGGCUCCGAACGGGUUUUCGUAUCAGAAUUCGGCGGAUUAUUCCUUGCUCGAUGGGCCGGGGUUGGGGAACCACAAAUAUCAGUACAAGAUGGACUUUGCGUUUAACGGGGCUGGGUGUAACAAGGGGCCGGGGGCGUGUACGGGUAAUUCUGCUGCCCAGUGUCCUGGGGCGUAUCUCGGCUCUGCUACGACCGGCGGUGCGCCCACUCAGUGCGAAGCUGAUAAUGUUGGGAUUACUAUCACGUUCUGCUGA